AUGCCGGAUCACCGACGAGGACGGGUGCACCGUUUUGACGGCCACGUCGUCGCCGGCGUCAACUGGCGACCGACGCGGUUCGUCGACGAUGUUCCCAGCUCACGCGUGUGCAGCCUCUGCCGCAUAAUCCCCAAACGGAUGGUGGUGUUGCCGUGCGGUCACAAUCUGUGCCAAUCUUGCUACGCGGGCAGUCACCACGAGUACUUAAGCCUGUGUCCGUUGGAUCUACGGUCAUUCCAAGAAGCGCAGUGCAUCGCUUAUCAAUUCCAUGACAGGAAAGCAAUCACCGUGAAGGCACACUGCUGGAACGAAGCGCACGGCUGCAAGUACAAGGGCACCAUCGACCGCAUGCUGCAACACUACGAGAACGAGUGCAGAUUUCACACCGUGGAAUGUGAGCGAUGCGGCGAGGGAGUCCGGCACAUAGACCUGGCGAUGCACUAUACAUACGGAACCGGAUGCAGUGCCGGUCCUUCUGCCGCGAUCAGAGAGUCCUCGGAGCACACAGCGCUGACCCUUGCACACCUGAACGCCGCCCUUGCAGACGUGAAGGCGAUGUUCGGAUGCCUCAACCACGACCAGCUGCUGCCAGUUAUUCAGAGUCAGUUGAAUGAGCUUACGGAGCAAGCCAGAAACCAGGAAGCCAGGUUCGCCGAGAUCACUCGCGAGCUCAGAGCAUGCGAGCACAAAUUAAAGGACGAGAUGGCUCAAAUCGCCGCCAAGAUUUCAUCCACCGUGUCGCACCAGCGGACAGCUCAGCAAAAUCCAUUGGAAGAAGCCAGCACGUCGAGGUCGCUGUCGCUGCGCUCGGAACAACAUGAGAUACGCCGAAAGCUGGAACACUUAGCCCACCUGGAACACUCGCGGAAAACUUCCCCGAAGACUAAUUCCAACCGUGCCAUUGCCCAUUCCCACACAAUAUCCCUCAUACUGUCCCUAUUGUGGAGCAAGGGCCACCUUGGAGUGCCUACACCCUCCGGGUUACUCCUCUAUUCCUUCGCCUUCUCCUGGGAGACUGCGUUGACCAGCUAA